AUGUCUUCUUCUUCUUAUUUUCGAUCUUGGAUGGACGGACCGAUGCUCGAUCCAGAAUCAAAUUUAUUGAAUGAUGAGUAUGCUCGUGGUGUAGGCGAGUUUAUGGAGUUGGCAUGUCAACAACCGAUCGUUCUUCAAACCCGUAAGUUGAAAUGUCCAUGUUCGAUUUGCCGGAAUUCUCACAAUAUUAGGAUUGAUUUAGUAUGGGGUCAUCUUUAUUCGAAUGGUUUUAUGCCGGGUUACAAAAUUUGGUUUCUCCAUGGUGAAAGACCAGAGUAUACUAGUUCUAGCGAACCAUAUAUUGUUGAUAGCGUAGAGGAACCUAGAACAGAAGUAGAUUAUGGUGUGGGUACUGUUGAGAUGGUGAAUGAUGCAUAUAGGGAAAAUAUGCAAUCGAUGGGUCAAAAUGUUGAUAGGUUAGAGGAACCUAAUGCAGAGGCAUGCAAGUUUUUUUCUAUGUUGGACGCAGCUAAGCAGCCGUUAUAUGAAGGUUGUAGGGAAGGUCAUUCGGCUUUAUCAUCUGCAAGCAGAUUGAUGACCAUAAAGACGGACUACAAUUUGGCUGAGGAAUGUGUGGAUGCGAUAACAGAUUUUGUGAAAGACAUUUUGCCUGAAGAUAAUCAUUUUCCAGGUACAUAUUACGAGAUUCAGAAAUUGGUCGCCGGUCUUGGUUUGCCGUAUCAAAUGAUAGAUGUAUGCGAAGAUAAUUGCAUGAUCUAUUGGAGAGAAGACGAAGAUAGGACAAGGUGUCGAUUUUGUCAAAAACCAAGAUAUCAGGAAACAGGCGGUAGGGUUCCAGUUCCAUAUAAGCGGAUGUGGUAUUUACCGAUCACAGAAAGGCUGAAGCGAUUAUAUCAAUCUGAGCGUACGGCUGGUCCAAUGAGAUGGCACGCAGAACAUAGAUCAAACGGAGAGAUUACGCAUCCUUCAGAUGCAGAAGCAUGA